UAAUAUGCGAAAGCAAAUGUGCGAGAGGCUUAUUAAACGUUAAGUUAAUUCUUGGAACGAGAAAAGCUAUAUAUAUAUAUAUAAAUAUAUACUCAGCGAUGGAAUCAAACCAAACAAUAAGGCUUAUUACUAUAACAAUGAAUCAAUGAAAACAACAAUAUUUUUAUAUAAAUGUGUUAUGAUCAUUACAUUGUGAACUUUUAGCCUGAUGUUAUUUCAUGUUAGUUUCCAUCAAAGUUACAUUUAAUGUAUGGGUUGAUUACGAAGUUCUCUCACGUGUGAAGAUAAUAACUGAUCGAUAAUCAUUCGGCUAUGUUCUCUGGAAAUUUUGGAAGAAGAGGUGAAAAACUUUUAGGGCUGGUCGAGUUACUGUAAAAAAACUGUUCUCUAGGCCUUACGAAGUCUAUAUCGCAAUCGCAGCGUAUUUGUACAUAAUCGAUUACGGAUUAUGUUUUUAUGAUAUUAUUCUAUGUGAUAUAUAAAGUCGAUCAGACAUUACUGAACAACGAGUAACCAUAACCUGCAUGGUAGCUGAAGGGGCAACAAGUGCAGCAGUAGCAACUCCUACAUGUUGUGGCAUAAAACCAUAGAACUGAGAUUUAUUUUUGAAGCAUUCAAUCAGAAUUUAUACUUGGGACUUGCAGUAAAUUGUUAUUUUAUGUAAGUAUUCAAUAUCCAAGCAUAAUGUCUGAUGAUGAGAGCAGAGAUUCAAGAGGUGAUAACUCUUGCCGAAAUGGUAUUGACUGUGAUGAUAUUUGCCGUGAUUUUCUCCGCAAUGUGUGCAGGCGAGGCAGGCGUUGCAAAUAUAAGCAUCCUGAAGCCAAAAAUGACUCUGCAGAUGCAGGAAGAAAGCAAAAAAUUGAAUUUUGUCAUGAUUUUCAAAACAAGGAGUGUAAUAGAGCAAGUUGUAAAUUUUUGCAUUGUACUAGAAAGGAAGAAGAAUUUUAUCAUGCUACUGGAAAAUUACCGGAACAUAUUCAAGAAGCUUUGUCAAUGGGCAGAUCUAUACCUCCUUUAUGUAAAGAUUUUCUAAAAGGAUUUUGCAGGAGAAAAAGGCGCUGUAAAUUUCGGCAUGUUUCUAUCGAAGAAUACAAUAUAGAAAUGGGAUGUCAAGGAGAAGCACCAAACAGAAAGGAAAUGGAUCGAUAUGAAGAACAAUUUGGCUUUGAUAUUUAUGAACCAGAAGCUAAACGAAGAGCUUUUAAUGGCCCAUUUAAUUCCAUGGAAUAUACACUAAGAAGUGAUACUCAUCACUUGUUGCCCUCCCCAAUGUCAAUCCACAGCAAUUUUCGGUUGCUUGAGGAAGAAAAUGUAAAUUUGCAGCGCAAAGUUGAAGAGCUGAAACAACAAGUUACUGAACUGACUGCAACUAAUGAAUUUUUGUUGGAUCAAAAUGCACAGCUCCGUCUCAGUAAGCAAGCAACAAUGAUUCCUGUUAGCCAGGUUAUCAAUCCUCACACCAUGAGCCCCAGUGCUGGCCCUAUUCCACAGACUAUCUCGCAGUUUAACAGUGAUCUUGCAGCCACUCUUCCCCGUCAGAGGAUUGCACCAGAGUUAACUGGGCCUACUCCUCACAAUAUGACUUCAAUUGUCCAUGUUACUUUGGCCCAACAAGGCAUGGCACCUGUUACUAUAACGGGGGUAUCUCAGAAUUUAUGUCAGACUAUUUCUAUCAGUGCACCUUCUACUCCAUUGGUUUCUUACCCAAUCAUGACCCAAAGCUUGCGACCAGUUAUCCCCCACAGUUUGAAUCACUGAAUUUUUUUUUUUCAUCUGAGGUUGAUAUGGUAUACUUAUUGUGUUGUUUGUUUGAUAACAUUAAGUUUCUUAAGUGACAGAUGUGGUUGAAACAAUGAAGAAAGCAUUUUUGCAUAGAAUUUUUUUAUAUCAUAGGUGAAUAGUUAUAAUGCAUUUUAUUUACUAUAUGUUAGAAUGAUCUGCUAAUGUAAAAAACAAAUGUAUUAAUCUAAUAUAGCUAUUUCAAAGUGUACUAUUAAAUUAUUUGUUGUUAUUGCACAUAGAUUAAGUGUAGGAGUUUGGGCUGAUGAUGUUUAUGAAGCAUAAUGAAACCAAUCUGGUUAAUAUUGGUUUUAGAAGUACAUUUAAUUCUUACUAUUGAUAGUUUGAGGACUAUUAUCAGUAGGAUUUCAGGUACAUUGUAUUUCUUCCAAGUAUAUGUUGUUCCCUACUGACUUUCUUGCACUAAUUGUAAUGUAUAUGACCAUUAGUAACAGUUCAUGAAACUGCUUCAAUAUAUUUGAUAGUAUUUUAUUGUAUUUGUAGGUUUAGAUGAGUUUUAAGUACAUCAUACUUAGCUAUAAAUUUAACUUCUAAUGAUCCUACCAUGUAGUUAAAUACUAUGUUUCAUGGACAAUAAACUUCUUGGA